UUUUAAAAUUUUUCUCCUAAAAAAACUGGGGCAGGCGAUUCUCCCUCUUCGAUUGCGCCAUGGCCGCGGCUGAGCAACCGCUCAAAAAGAGAAGAUUUUACGACCCACCUCCAUCAUCUCCGCCGCCGCCACCUUCCCAACCACAAGAGCCGCCUCAACGGCCACCGACCCCGCCGCCUUUGUCUCAUGAUGAAAUCGCCCGGAGGCGGCGGAACCAGGAAGGAAUUCGCAAUGUAUUUGAGUGCUAUAAGAAAAUCAAGCUGUGCAUCGACCGGAAGGAUAAGCAUCUGACGCCGGAAUUGGAAGAAGCUUAUCACUCUUUGAUCACUGCCGCUGGAGGAUGUGCUAGUGUACAACGUCUUGUAGCAGAGUACAUACCACGUUAUGCUUCUUUUUGCCCUGCUGCUCUUGAAGCUGCUGGGAAGGCUCUCAUAAAUAUGCAUAACCAAUGCAUCACCAUGAUUAGGGGAGAAGACAUUGAUGGUAUUGCUUUUGAGACUGCCAAGGCCUGCAUAUUAGGUCUGGUUGAUGUAUGUCGAGCUGCUGCUUCAGAAGUUAUUCAAAGGAUAUGCUCCAUUGUUUUUCAUGAUGUUUUUACAUUUUUUGUCUCCUCUUUUGAGGGAAAGAGUGUCUUUGAUGUUGUUGACCAGAGUGUCCUGAAGAUUUAUGAUGUUGCCGAAGCCAUUUCUGAUUUCAAGCGCAAGAUUUUGGAGGAACAUAGUUCAAUAUUACUGAAAUUAUCUAAGCUUCGUGGCCUAUGUUUUUUGUCUAUUCUCUUUCGCUUCCCCAAAUAUUCACUUGUUGCAUUCUUUAAACUUUUUGAGUCAAUGGAAAUUGAGGGAAUUCAGAAAGGAAAGUACCUUCUUCAUCAGUUGACAGUUGAAUUGGAUUAUGUUGGCUCUUGUCAACUGGAUGAGAAAAAUGGUGAGGAAUCAGGCGAACAUUCCAGCAGAAUCAAACGUCAAGAGACUGAUCCUGUUAAUGAAUCUCCUGCAUCAAUUGGGAAUUCUUUGCCAAAUCGUGCUGAUCCCUUAUUAAAGAACUGCUUAUUGGCACUGGUUCUUAGGAAAGAUCCUUCACUCAGAAGUUUGAUAUUUUCUAGAUACAGAAUGCUUUGCAAUUCUGUUUCAUCUGAAAUUGUUUCUGAUAUAACCUCUGGUCUAGAAGGAGUAUUUGAAUCAUUUGUGCAACAAGUAAAAGCAGAAGACAGUCAAGUAGAUAAUGUUGAGGGUAACUCCAAUUCAUCUAAAUCUGUGAAUCAGUGCUCGGUUGCUAGACCAUCUAAUCAACAAGGUUCUCCUGUAGUUUCAGGGAGAGAUUACCCCGAUAAACAUUCAGGCAGCCAUUUGAAAAGGGGAAGCAUAACAGUAAAUUCUGGAAGUGAUUCUUUCCCUGGAGAAUUGAAGUCCAUGGAUCAUAAUUAUGGGGACCCUGGUGAUAUGGCCAGUGGUAGAAUGUUCAUGCAAAGGGAAUUGUUGAAUAGACAAUCUUUCUCACCUAGAGCGAGAACACCAAGGGAUUUAAGAAGUAGUUCAUUUAGUAAUCGAAGCCAUUCUGCCCAAAUAGAGAGGAGUCCAAUUUCAAACAUGGAUUCUACACCUACCUUAAGAUCUUCCAGCGGAGCUGCAAAUUCUCCAUUUGAGUCUCCCAAGCAAAAUGUUCCUCCACCCCAUUCUUCAGGAAACCAUGCAAUAUGGUACUCCGAUGGAGACCCAGCUGCUAUGGACAUAUUUCCAGCUUCAAAACAACUCUGGUUGGGAUCGCUAGGUCAUGAUGUGUCUGAAAUGCAUAUAAGGUUUCAGUUUGAGAAGUUUGGUGUUAUAGAUCAUUUGCGAUUUUUUCCAUUUAAAUGCUUUGCCACUAUAGAGUACAGAAAUCUGAUGGAUGCUUUAAAGGCUAGAGAAGUUAUGCGGGGACGUUCUCCUUGGGGUGCCUGCCUUCGGAUAAAGUUUCUGGAUGCAGGAUUUGGAGCGAGGGGGUUUAUAAAUGGUACAGCUGUUGGUUCAAGCUGCCAUGUUUAUGUUGGGAGUGUUCCAAGCAUAUGGGCCAAGGAUGAGAUGGUACAUGAAGUUAAAAAAUUACUCCACAAGGGCCCUCGCAUGGUUAUUGAUCUUAGCAAUGAAGGUGCAUUGCUGAUGGAAUUCGAUUCACCUGAAGAAGCCACCGUCUCAAUAGCUCAUUUGCGGAGGCACCGCAAGGAAAAUAGUAAUUACUAUCCACAUCCCUCUAACACAGGUCCACCUAAUGUAAUGAUGCAUGCUGAAGCAGCAAAACCUGGUCCUCCUUUUCAUCACAAUGACACAAGAAAUGCUUUCCCUUCUAACAGCAUGAUUGGAUCACCACAUGCUCAACCUAUGCUCGAGAAACCUCCUGAGAGUUACCUGACAAGGACCUCAGCUUUGCCUUCUUUCCUUCAACAGUUACGUGCUAAAUAUAAUAUCAGUAACUCUCAAGGGCCUUUUGAGAAUCAUGCAACAGCUGCACUGAUGCGAGAACAAGAACGAGUUCCGACAAACAUGCUUUGGAUUAAUUUUCCAAAUAAAAACUCUCCAUGUAUCACUGAGGAUGAGCUUUUGGAAGUUUGUAACCUUGCGAUUAACAACAAUGGAUCUGUUCGCGUGAGUAGACCAAGUAUGCCCUCAAGUUCCAAUUGGUUGGUUGAGUGUAGUAGCACAGAUACAGCAAAUACUUUAUUCAAGAACUUACGAGAGUGUCCUGGUAUUUUUUUCCAGAUAGAUUUCAGUAAUCCUGCGAUGCACCAUGGCCCUGCUCCUUUGGUGAGACCCGACCUGGAGCUUACAUCACCAAGAAUGAGUCAGGAAAAUUGUGGCCCUCCGAUGCAACCUGCUUUUGCAUUCCAGCCUACAUGGACGACUGGAGGAAUGAUGGAAGUUGGCAGACCUGGUGCAGUUGAACAAUCAUGGAUGUAUGGAAGACCAGAAAGUGGAAUGCAUUCUGGAGGAAGUAUCACCACUGGACAAAAUUAUGGGCCACCCAUUCCACCACCACAGCCUGCUCAAACAUCUUCAUUCAAUAGACCUGUGUAUCCACCUCCUAAUAGUUUAUGGGAUGCUCGUGGGAUGGGUCACCAUCUGCAUCAAAACCCAAUCCAUUCUGCUGCAAUGCAUGCUAAUUCUCAUACUAAUGUACAAGGCCCGCCUUUUUUACCUGCUUCUGUGACCCCACUGGCACAGAUCCGGGGAAGUUCUGCAGCGCCAUUUGAUCAGAUGUUCUCUGUGCCUGUUGUACCUCCACCAUUAUCUUCUUUACCACCACUUCCACCUCCACCUCUUAUGCCUCCUACAUUACCUCCUCAAUCUGAUUUUCGUCCUCCAUUGCCUCCUCACCCUGAGUUACAGCCUCCACUGCCUCCAACACCUCCGCCUCUGCCUCCUCCUCCACCUCCGCCUCAUUCCCAGCCUCCUGCAUUUCCUCCUCCACCACCUCCACCUCAUUCCCAGCCUCCUGCAUUUCCUCCUCCCCCGCCUCCUAAUUCCCCACCCCCACCAUCUUUAGCUGCCAAUCCUGACAGUUUUAGGUUGUCCUCACUUAAUCCUUGGCAGGGGAUGUUGAGUAAAAGUGGUGUUUACUACUGUACAAUACACGCACAAAGAGCAGAUUCGGAUAUCUGUAGCUAUUCAAAUUCCGUUGUGGAGCCUGCAGAAUGGCCUGCGAAGUUAGAUAUGACAAAGCGCACUGACUUGCGCCAUGUAAAAUCAACAUUUUCUAGUACUCCCCGUCACAGAAAAGAAAUCUGUUGGCUGCUUCCUUCGUCCCAUGGUGAUCACAAGGGUCUUCACGAUUUCAUUUCAUACUUGAAGCAGAGAGAGUGUGCAGGAGUAAUCAAAUUACCAGCAUCAAAGACAAUGUGGGCAAGACUGCUGUUCAUUCUUCCAUACUCGCCUGAAACAUGUUCGUUUCUCUCCAUACCCCCGAACCCCUCACUUUGCUUGAUUGGUUUGAUUCUUCCUAAAGAUACAAAUUCUGAACUAUCAUGAUGCUUAGCAACAAGAAGGAAACUAGAGUGCUUUUUUUUUUGGGAUAGUGAAGAUGUGAGUUCUAUUGUUUUUCCUUUAAUAUGAAAGAGUAGUUUUUAGGUGAUGUUAGAUUGAUCGUAUUUGUUAACUUAUAAGGCAUAAUUUGUGUAUUGUACAAUCUAGUCUUUUACUCCCUCCGUUCUAUAGUAAUAGAGUCAUUUUGCCAUUUUGAUA